AUGCAGUGGAAGCAUGGAAAUUUACGUGGUUAUCCACGUUAUAACUAUCAGGUUCUUCAAAAGAGAGUAGAGAGAGAAUGGGAGGUAAAGGAAGCGAUUGUUACAGUGAAGGAGCGGCAAUGGGGAUUGGUUUGGUUGGGGGUGGGAGCUCUGCACCGGAUGGGAAUCGGAUUUGUCAUCUCCAUAUUAGCCACUCUAGUCGCCGGGUUCAUGGAAGUGAAGCGCAAAAACGCAGCUUUAGCACACGGGCUCAUUGAUCACCCGCAUUCCACCAUCCCCAUAUCUGUCUUCUGGCUUGUGCCGCAGUAUAGCCUUUAUGGGGUGGCUGAAGCUUUCAUGUCCAAUGGGCAUCUCAAGUUUUUCUACGACUAG